AUGGGGUAUGCAACAGUCUGGAGGCGGUUAUCCCCACGCCAACUCAAUGUUAUGAUUCAGGCUUUCUCUCUCGUUUGCAUAUUCUUCGAGGGAUAUGAUCAAGGUGUAAUGGGAGGCGUCAACAGCUCUCCAAGAUACGUUACAGAGGUUGGAAUUGGCGCACCGGAUGGCACAGUAACCGACACCACCCAUCAGGGCGGCAUUGUGAGUAUCUACUACCUCGGAUGCAUUUUCGGUUGCUUUGGAGGUGGCUGGCUAGCCGAUCGGUUGGGCCGGAUCAAUGGCCUCUUGAUCGGAGCCUUGUUUGCGCUCGUCGGAGGUGCUUUGCAGGCCGCAGCUCAGAGUUCAGACUUCAUGCUCGUCGCCAGGGUGGUGACAGGCGUUGGCACUGGUGGGAUCUCCGUCGCAUACUGGCUGUCAUUUGGCCUUGCCUUCAUCAAUCAUGGCUAUUCAGAUGUUCGCUGGCGCUUUUUGUUGGCGUUUCAGUGUAUCCCCGCCCUCAUCCUGCUGCUAUUCAUUAAGAUGCUGCCAGACAGCCCGCGUUUCCUUGCGUCUGUCGGUCGUUAUGACGAAGCUCGGGAGGUCCUUAACAAGAUCCGUUGCGAUAGAGCCGGCCAAGCAGAGAUUGACCUCGAAUAUAAAGAUAUCAUUGCGACAGCACAAGAAGGCAACCCAAGCUCGCCCCUUCAGUUUGCCAAAAUCUUGGUCGGCAAAGGAGGGAAGCCCGGCGCCAACCUGGGCCGACGCGCCUGGCUGUGUGUAUGGCUCCAGAUUAUGGCAUCUUGGACUGGAAUCACAGCCGUUACGGCAUAUUCUCCCGUUCUGCUUAGCCAAGCUGGCUACAGCGAGCUAACCCAGAACGGCCUUGCCGGGGGUUUGAACACGAUCGGUAUUGUGGGCACGAUCAUCAGUGCGCAGAUCGUAGAUCAGAUCGGGAGGAGAAAAUGUUUGAUGCUUGGCUCCGUCAUUUUGUUCCUCGUCGAGCUUGUAGCAGGAUCUGUCUACGAGGCGUCCCUUCACCAGCCGGAUAAAGCUGAUCAGUUCGCCCCCGCUGCUGUUGCGAUGCUGUUCCUGUUCAACCUCGGAUAUGCAGCGACCUGGGGAACCGUCGCUUUCUUGAUCCCGACCGAGAUCUUCCCUUCCGACCUCCGGGCCCAAGGAAAUGGCUUUGGUAUCACCGGCUGGGCUGUUGGUGUUGGAAUGACCACACUGGUCAACCCGAUAAUGUUUGGAAGCAUCGGAAGUCGCAGCUACUUCCUCCUCGCUGGGUUGAACCUUCUGUGGGUCCCCAUUAUCUACCUUUUCUACCCAGAGACUCGUAAUCGGACUCUGGAGUCCAUUGACUAUCUGUUCUCGGUUUCGAGUCCUUUCUAUUGGGACAUGGAGAGGGCUUACCGGCUGUGCAUGGAUACGAAAGUGGAAAACUGUAUCGACGAGCAGGCUAUAAAAUCUUCGGCCCACGAUGAAGCCCAGCAGGAGUUUCACGAGACCAUUCAGAUUGGAGUGUAA